AUGAUUUGCACUAACUACACUAAUUACCAAGUGAAUUACACCAACACUUCCACCCAGGUUAUAGAACCUGACAUAACUGCCAAGACAGAAUCCCGUUUUCUGUGGUACUUUACCGUCGUUGGCUUUUCAGUGUCCGUUUUUGCACUUGGCCUAACUAUAGUGAUCCACUCCAUUUUCGUUGAAAUGCGAAGGCCUUUGCCAGGAAAAAAUCUCAUGAGUUUGUGCUUGGCCCUUACCCUUGCUCAGUUUACGUGGAUGUUAGGCACCGGAGACACCGAUAAACCAACCUUUUGUACCGCAGUGGCGGCCGUCAUCCAUUACCUUUUCUUGGUAUCAUUUGCAUGCAUGGCCAUCAUAGCCUUCGACACUCGACGUACAUUCUCCAGUCAGAUUUCUAGAGCUCCAGGGAUCUCAAUUGGUGGUCAGAACAAGAAUAUUCGUUUUUUGAAGUACACGUGCCUUUCCUGGGGCUUACCUUUGUUGUUUGUAGGUGGAUGCGUUAUUCUUGAUCAUUUCCAAGUGGUGUUUAUCGGAUAUGGCAAUGAAGACGCUUGCUGGCUUGGCAGUAGCGAUGGCAAGAUCAUUGUUUUUGCUGUUCCCAUUGCCUCUGUCCUUCUGUACAACAUUGGAGCGUUUUCCCAUACCAUAUGGGCCAUCAACAGUGCCAGAAAGCAAACAACCCGAGUCAAAUCUGCCCUUCAAGAUAAAAAGGCCAUCCUUAAAAUAUACCUGCGCCUGGUCACACUCAUGGGCUUCACUUGGCUUUUCAGCUUCGGCGCCGAGCUCAUACACAAAGCGCUGAUAUAUCCUUUCGUAGUUCUCACAACUACACAAGGGCUAUUCAUAUUCGUGGCCUUUGUCUGCAAGGCCCGAGUGCUAAAGCUGAUAAGAGAUUCGUUUUCAAGAUCCAGAGAAGUUGCCCCUACUCCUCAAAUUGCCAUCGCAGAUCGCAGGAACGUCAUACAACUACGGCCAAUACAGACACCAGAAGCUAAAUCAUUGGAAUUGGUCUCUACUCCACAAAGCGCAAAUACGCAUCGCAGCAGCGUACAACUACGGGCAAUACAGACAUUAUAAGCAUCCCUGCCUCUGUGCAAAACAAAUCGCUUAAGACUAUGCUAUUCUCGAAAGUUACAAUUUCGUGACCCGUGGAGGGUCUCUUUGACGGGUUUCAGUCAACCUAUUUCGUUAUAGGGUUUGAAAGAGAGUUGUUCCUAUUGAUAAAGGGAGACCUAACAACAGCAAUUGAAAGACUUGUAGUUUUGGUACCUGCUGUAGAUUAAAUAAAUAGCACCAUGUAAAGCAAAUGUAUACCUCAAAAUCUGCAAAAUACUAAAAUGUUACAAUUAGAAAUCUGUUCAAAUAAAGCUUGUUAAUUUAACAUAAACAACAUGCAGCCAUCCCAAAAUGAGCAAUAAAUUCUUGGUGAAAUUUGCAUUUUUCCAUACUCUAACGCACUUAAUCAUAACUGUGACAACAUUUUCAAAUCUGAUUGGCUAUCAACUACCCUGAUUUUAGCCUUAAAUGGACAAUUUAAUAGGACAGUACGCGUCAUGCCUAAGUUAUUGGACAGUACGCGAAAUCAGGCGCGCGCUUAAAUGGCUUUUUUUCAUUACUAGCAAAAAAAUUGGAAUUUCUUCUGUUUUGAUUUUAAAAAAGGACCUUAUAUAUCACAAAUUUUGUUAAAGUUAUGAUUAAUUGGGAACAGAACUUCGUGUCGUCCAAUUCAGUCUGUAAUAAUACUCGUGAUUAAACAAAUCGGACCACCGCUACGCGGUCGUCCGAUUCUGUUAACCACUCGUAUGAUUACAGACCGAAUUGGACUCCACUCAGUCCUGUUACUAGUACUUAACGUGCUAGAAUGUGGCGCCAUGCAAUUAGCUUGACUUGGGAAUUGGAUGCAGUUGCUUUUCUUUGCUAACGUGAAAAUAAUCGUCCAAAACGAUUGGCCUAUAACAGAGGUCAAAAUUUAUUCAGACCUUGUUGGCAUUGGUAGGGUGUCCUCGCCACCACUAACCAGAAAUUUGCAAAGAUAGUCAUUUCUGGUUAUGUUACAGCCCUUACAGAAGGUUAAAGAGUUUAUUCGCCAUUUAGUUCAAAGGUCAAGAUUAAUCCGUUUUAAGUUAUAUUUGGAGCGAAUUAACCCUGGGUUUAUACCGUUAAAUGCCGAGGGUGUAAGGCAAUAGUCACAACAUGAGAGUUUUGUGAAAAUACCGAUAUUGCACGUUUGUAUCAACGAUGCUGAUCUCCAUUUUGAGCGUGAAGUAUAUUAGUGGGAAUAUAUUGUCUGAAAUGCACUGUGGAAUUAUUUUGGGGACGAAACUCCGCUAUAUCCCAAUGGAAAUAAUAAUAAUAAUAAUGAUAAUAAUAAGAAUAAUAAUAAUAAUAAUAAUACAAAAAUAACUUUAUUCAUAGAUUCAAAAAAAUAGACUAUUUACAGAAUUCAAGAAUAUGAAUAUUAAAAUAUAUACCCUAUGUACAUUCUUCUUGUGUACGAAAGAAUAAUUAUAAUAAUAAAGGGUUCUUGUCUAGGCCCUUUUUAUUCACGAUGCACGCAAGUAAACUCUUUGAGGUUGUUAAGAACCAUCUCCCAAAUAUUCAUGCUUACGCUGAUGACACCCAGAAAUAUUUAUCUUUCAAGCCGGACUCUACUGCUGGUUGGUGUUCCAUCCACCCAGCUAAGUAAAUUACAGCGUUUACAAAAUGCAGCGGCUCGCCUUGUUAGUAACGUCGAAAAGUAUGAUCAUAUUACUCCUACACUUGUUCAUUUACAUUGGCUUCCAGUAACGUAUAGGGUAAAUUUUAAGAUAGCAAUACUUGCUCAUAAGUGUAUCUAUGGCAACGCACCCGAAUGCCUUAAGGAUCUAAUAAAAGUUAAGGGUACGACCAGAUAUAAUCUUAGAUCGGACGGAUAGAUGUUACUCGAGGAUUAUAGUGCACGAUCAAAGAAGACACUUGGAGACAGGACUUUCAAAGUAGCCGCCCCUAGAAUCUGGAACAUUUUACCGAAGGACAUUAGGAAACAGGACAACUAUUAUACUUUUAAGAAACAGCUGAAGACUUACUAUUUUAAACUUGCAUACAAUUUUUAAUUAUACAUAGGUGUAUAUUAAUUUUACUCCCUUUUUUAUCAAUUUUAAUGAAACAUAUAACAUUUCUUUUAGUUAUAAUUAUUGUAAGUAAUAGGUUAAGUACUAAAUAAUUAAGUUAGGUGUCAUUUACAGAUAUAUUCAUGUUUAAUUCGAUAAUUGACAUAUUUUUUACUUGCUUUAAUAGUUUGUAUGCGCAUUUGAUCAUUUGAUAUAUGUUAAUUUGCGCAAUACCAAAUAAUAAAUAUUAUUAUUAUUAUUAUUAUUAUUAUCAUUAUUAUCAUUAUUAAAGAAGAGGAGGAGGAAGAAGAAGUAGAAGAAUAAGAACUUUAUUUAUCCUAGGCAGUAUUUAUAACACCCAUGCUAGUGAAUCGGAACCACAGUUGAAACAAAAACGAAAUAAGAACACUAACUUCCACAAGGUAAACCAGUUGGCUAUUUAAAAACGUGAUUGAAGAUUUCGAGCAUAAAUCCAGCUAGCGGUUAUGGUGGGACUUGAUGCCACCUGAUUGCACUGCGUACAGCGCUCUAACCCCUCGGCCACGCUACCUUUAUAUGGAAUAGCGUCCUAAGCUACAUUGCACUUCGUCACAGCAUCCAGCCUCAUCCUCAAAAAUGGCAAGUAUCUAAUGACAUAUCAGUUGUUGAUGACUUAUCCCUAAAAUAGCUUUGUACCUUUGCAUUGUAGAUAUACCCUCUAAUCUGCAAGACUACAGGACGUUUCGCUCUCUCUAUCGAUGGCAUCUCACUAUUGGACCAGCUUAUUUAUUCUCUGACUAAUAAUUACGAUGAAACUGUAAUAGAUAAUCAAAUAAAGAUAACCUUAGUAGAAGCGUAUAGAGGUUUGAUUUUAACGGAGUACCAGAGUGACGUUCUCAUCGAUUAUAAGAAUGUACAACAGUUAAUCUAGAGCAGAAUACAAUUGAUUGAGCAUGAAUGAUUGAGCUCGACUGGGUUUUAUGUAUUUCCGAUCCUUGUCCAGUAAUAAUUAACAAUUAUUCUUUGAAAUCGAGGUGAAUAGUGGCAAAAUAUUUACCGAGCCGCGAAAGCGGCGAGGUAAAUAUUCCCAAAGCCACUAUUCACCGAGAUUGAGAAGAAUAAUUGUUUUAGUAUAUACACACGAAGUGAUCUCAACAAAAUCAGAAAGGAAACCAUUCAAAAGUAGGAUUUGAUUGACAGAUCAAAUCACGCGUAAGUUUAAAAAUAGAUCUUUGCAGAAUUUUCAAACAUGGCAAUUCACAAGUUUACUCAUUUCGCAAACAACAGCGUAAUGGCUUCAAUGGAAUCGCUAAAAGUUUGAACUGUUUCCUUACCUGAGAAAAAAAGUAGAGCUGUGUUGUUUUCUGUUGACUCGCCAAGUUUAUAGCCAAAAGGGCAUGUUGUGUCGUUCUUCGCAUGAAGUGCUGACAAAAAUGGCGGCUCGGUUGCUCGAGGUAAGAGGUCGUCUUCCUGUAUCAUUCUUUUUCCUGUUUACUUGAAAAAUAGAAUUUCUGCAAACAUUUCCUUUUAAAUUUGUUUGUCAUAAAAUAAACUUCGAUUUUUGAGCCAAAAUUUUCUUCUUAGAAAACGCUGAGUUCACGAAACGGCUUCUUCUUCUUACGCGAAUACAGGGAGGGGUAGGUUGGAUUUUGUCGACUUUUAAAAGAUCGUUUCUAAUAAAAACGGGAAAAACAGAAACCUAAAUUGAUCCGAAUAUACUAAUAUAUAUUGUAUUAAACAUGUAAUAUCAAAGCUAACAUUAGCACUUAUUUCUCACUUUGGGCAAAAUGACGACUUAGGGGAGGGGUAGGUUGGCAGUUUCCCAGAAACCUAAAUUGAUCCGAAUUACCUUGGAUAUCAAAGAACGUGCGCCUCCUCUCCUCCAAAAAAUGUUGCAGACCGUUGAGAGACAUGGGAACAAAUCAUUUAUAAAUUAUAGUCUGACAGCCAGCCUAAAGGUGCCCAAGUCCUCGUUGGAUAGUUUUGGCCUAUUUAUGCUUCUACGUCGUCUUUUUUCCUGUUAAUUCAUGUUUGUGCUUAUUCAGAUUUUUAGAGAAACAUUUCUUAUUUCGUUAUACAUGCUGUGCAUUUCGAUAUUUAGAACUGCAUCCUUUUGAAAUGAUCUCUUUUAGGGUGGUUUAUGUAAUUGCUUGUACUCCUUUCCCGGUUUUCUUUGGCUACUGCAUUAUUUUCGGAAUAUGUUUCUUAAUGGUUUAGCCACUUCUCAAAGGUGUUUUUCUUAGUGUUUUUCCGUACCUUGUGUGGCAUACGUUCUGUCUAGCGUAAGAAGUAUAACAGCAUUUUGCUAUGAAUACAACAUUUAUGUAUUUUAAUUAGGAUACAUCUGCUUUAGAGAUGACUCAUACAUCCAUUGAACAACUCGUGUUAAUGGGAUCGGAAUUCUUUGCUAACCUCACUUUUCAAUUAUCCGCAAAUUGGCAAAUUGGAGUUGUAAGCCUACUCAUGACACGGUCAAUUUUCGUUUUGGGCAAAGUCAUUUCAAUCAAAAGUGUGGAUGAUUUAAUAAAAGACACAUAAGCAACAGUAGUUUUCUCACCAAUUGCUCCUUCUUUUGAAGCCGCCUUAUAUUUAUUGUUGCUUUUGUGCCAGUUAAAGUCUCCACUCUGAGAGCUGGGAAAAUGUACCUUUUUUUUUUCUAAUUUGCCUAUUUGGCGUCUUUGGCUCUUUAAGGAAGCAGCUGUUCAGUAUAUUUGAAAACUGCGUGUUUACCAACCGCUUUUCUUUUUGGAUUUCAACAGCGCUUGGUACGAUCUACUCUUCUAUAGUCCUUAUCUGAGGAAAAUUCUUCCCAUGGGACAGCGUCUUAAGCUUGUUUUGGUUUUUCUUUGAACUCCUUUUAAUAACUGCAGUUUCGAUCUUAAUACUGGCUCUAACUUAACCGCCGUGGGCACUUAUGGUGCACUGCAAACCAUAAAUUGAUUGUCCAAGAACAGGUGACUUUCAAUAAUCACAAACUUAGCCACUACUUACUAUUGAUCAUCCGUCUCCGUUUAGACCAAAAAGGCAUUAUCAUUAGCCGCUAACAUCACGUAUUAACAAAACGUUUGUUUUCUUAGUGUUGUGCGUCGUUCCUCUUCAACUUUAAUAUAAAUGCAUUGUACAUUAGUCGCUGCCAUCAAUUAUUAACAAAAUAUAGAUACUAGAAUUGUGGGUUUAAUAGUGGACUUACACAAUUGGGCGCCUUUCUUCUUUGCCUGUACAUGACAUGCUUUUAACUAAAUAACUUUUAUUUGGUUUUGUUUCGUGUUUGUUUCGUUUUUCCUUUCAAAACUUUUUAUCAACGUCACUUGCGAUCCUUAUACUGGCUCUUACUAAUAUACCUUAUUAUAGGAAAUUAACGCUACAUGAAAUUAACGCGAAUCGUUAAAAUUCGCGUUAAUUUAAGUCGCUUUAAUUUUGUUGAGCGUUAAUUUCCGCGACGUUAAUUAAGUGCAGCGUUAAUUUCCGCGCUCUUAAUUUCCAGUAUUUUAACUCCAAUUUUGGAACCUGUCCAGACAUUCUUGACACCUAAAAAACAUUAACUACAAGCUUUCUUUCUUUUUUUCAUUUACCCUUUAUUUUAAUUUCAUCUUUCACAAAAGCUAAGGCGAAGGUUUACAAUAUUUGGAGUUCACCUUCAGCGUUGUCGCUGUCAGAAGUGAUGUCAGCUCAGGUUUGGUCAGUUUUGGAUUUUUUUGCAUCCAGUGUUGAAAUAAAUUUGUCCAACCGUGUCUCAAUCGCGUUAAUUUCCUUUAUUAUGAAAUUCUAUUUCAUCUUUCGCGUUCAUUUUCUUUAUUCGAAAGUCGUUUUCCAUUAAAUUCGCGUUAAUUUAAGUCGCGUUAAUUUCCAAUACCUUAAUUUCAUGGAGCGUUAAUUUCCUAUAAUAAGGUAUCGAAUAUAGAGAACAGAAGAGUGACGUCAGGUUACCAUGGUAGCAAUAUUUAUGGCUCUCAAUCAUCUUUCUUGACAGAGACAGCCAUUUACAUUGUCGAACGAUAGAAGAAAAGUAUGGGCUACUGUUUUGUUCCCGAGCGCAAUCAUGCACAGGUAAGUCAUAUAUGUCAAUUCUUUCUUCCUUUUCUUUUUCUGUCAUAUUUGCAGGAGCACGGUUUGUUGCGAUACAGAUAUUUUGCUACCAUGGCAAAGUGACGUUAAGACUUCCUCUCUAUUCCGAGGGCAAUUUUUCGUGACCUGCAAGCCAUAACUUGAUAGCUCAAGAACAGGUGACUUUCAAUAAUUAUAAACUUGGCAACCACUAACUAUACCGGGCCAAAUUCGUCAUUCGUCUUUAUUAUAGUUGAGAUACACAAUUGCGUGUCGUAAAAUCCUCCUUUACUGUACAUCAGCGAGCCUUAGAAUUAAAACGUUUUAUGAUUUGUUUUAUUUUUGUUCGUUAGUUAGUUUUUUUCUAUUAACCCAUUUUCACUUGCGAUCAUAAUACUGGCUCUAACUUAAUUGAGUAUUCCAUGGGCGCUUUCGUGAACUAUCAGGCCUAAAUCGAUUUUACCGUACACGAGCAACUACUAACUGAAACUAUUAAAAACUGAAUCAUUGGAUAAUGCAAUUCUAGAGUUCUGAUUGCCUUAGCCAUCAUGGUAUAUGAGCCAUUAUCCCAUGCUCUCCAAAAAUGGUAACUGUACGCGCCUGCUCAAAAAUUAAAAACAAGCUGAAAUUCGUUUGUUUUUAUAUAUAAAGUCGGGACGAAUUCUCGAUAUUUUGGGGGUGUUUUUUUAAUAGAACAAUUAUUCCAAUCGCGCUUGUUGGAUAUGAGACGAUUAUAGCCAACUCGGCGGUACGCGCCUCGUUGGCUGAUCUACCAUCUUGUAUCCAAAGCGCACUCGUGGUAUAAUUGUUAAAUAAUUGAUCAGUCUUCUCCAUUUUAACUUUGAAUACAUUAGACGCUGCCAUCACUUAAUAUCCAAAUUGAAUCAACAAUUACCACUGUGGGUUUAAUAGCUGACAAACGCAAUUAUUCGCCGUUCCUAUUUAACUAUAUACAGGCGAGCCUUUAACAGUUUAAGGAUGUCAUGAAAAGUAUGGUAUUUCUAAAACAUUUUUCAUCUUCGGGUUUUAUGGAUUUCUGAUUCUUUUUUCCUGUCAGCUUCAGUAACAAGAGGAGGAACUGAGAACUUUGGAUUGGACUUCCAGUCACCAUUUUUUAAAGGUAGUCAACCGUUAUAAGUGAUCCUUGGGUUUUUUAAGUGAAGGGCGGUGUUUGUAGUGUCUUCGCUUUCAAUUUUCUAUUGUAUUGUAUGUGUAAUGCAUGUGACGAUGAAAAAACAUGUUAUGCUGGCCGGUUUCGACAGCCUCUUGCUUCUGAAAAUCCCUCAUGCGUCAUCCGUCAUGCUGCUUGGCAUCAUUUUAUUUUUAAUUUUUUUAUUCUCAUGUAUGGAACGCCAUUUAUGACAAAAAGAUUAUAUGCAAAUAUGAAGAAGAACACAAAUAUUCGCAUUAGAAAAUAAAUAUUUAUAUCAAGAUAAGAAUAUAUGGGUAUUAUAAAACAUACCUAACUAUAUUUUCGCAUCAACAUAUGUAUGUUAUAGACACGAUGCAUAACGUAAAUAUACGUUAUGUUGCUUACCGCGCAAAUACGUUAUGAACAUUGAUUACGUUAAGACACAUAACAUACGUAUACGUUAUGCGUAACAUGUAAAUAUACGUUAUGACGCUGCGUUGACCGUCCAGCGGUUCCAGCGAAAAGAUGUGAGCAUGCCCAAGGAGUCGGGAAAAAAGCGCGCGGAAAAAAUGCAGAAAUGGCAGCUAUGACAAUGACAUCCCAACCGGCCGCCUCGUCGAUGAUGCCGUUCCGGUUCUAAACAGAGACCUAAAUUCCUCCACAGGCGUCUGAAAGGGCCGUGAGCUUGAGGUGCUGCACGAGGCGGCCGGUUGGGAUGUCAUUUGAGGAGAAUUUAUUCUUCUUGAUGUUCUUUCCAGAACAUCAAGAAAGUGGGGGUUUUCCAUCAGUCCGCAAACUAACUGGUUGAUGGUUGAAGAAGACGACGCAUCAUAGCCAGUGCCUGCCAACUUCAAUGAAAGCAAGUGCCACUGCAAAAAUGUCAUAGCUGCCAUUUCUGCAUUUUUUCCGCGCGCUUUUUUCCCGACUCCUUGGGCAUGCUCACAUCUUUUCGCUGGAACCGCUGGACGGUCAACGCAGCGUCAUAACGUAUAUUUACAUGUUACGCAUAACGUAUACGUAUGUUAUGUGUCUUAACGUAAUCAAUGUUCAUAACGUAUUUGCGCGGUAAGCAACUUAACGUAUAUUUACGUUAUGCAUCGUGUAUAUGACGUACAUAUGUUGAUCCCAUAUAUUCUUAUCUUGAUAUAAAUAUUUAUUUUCUAAUGCGAAUAUUUGUGUUCUUCUUCAUAUUUGCAUAUAAUCUUUUUGUCAUAAAUGGCGUUCCAUACUCAUGACAAGUUUGGUUGGGUUCUCGUUCUUGAAUGAUAACGCAUAGAGAAAAUCAGAAAAACCUUGACUAAACUCUUUUGUUCAAAAGCUUUGUUCAUGCGGAAUGAAAUAAAUUUCGUUCACUAUGACUAUAAGAAGGCUACCACUCUUUCAUCGAAUCCUUGGCUGUUUCUGGCAAGUUAAUUUUCCACAGCGUUCAUGCUUUUUUGAUAAUUAUUUUGGUAGAGCACACAUUUAACCUUACGCAGCAACCAAACAUUUGAAUGAAAAUUGAACUAAAAAUGGAUAUGAAAUUUUUAGAGCGCUUUUUCCUCAAAUGUUUUAGUGGCUAAAAAAAAAAGCAAAUGCAAAUUUAUGAAUUAAAUCAACCUCUUAACACUGAACAUGAUAACAACAUUUAGGCAUAUUAUUGUGUUUUUUGAUCAGUACAUAAACGCCGCUAAAACUUUUUAUCAAAAUAUUUAGUGUACGUUAUGCUGAAUGCGGAACAAUGCGGGUGUUUCAAUAUUUCCUUUGACAGACUCAAAGCAUUUACACACCAAUAAAAAUGCAAGUAUUUGGUCAAAAUUGGGCUUCACUUGUCUCAAACUGGACCUCUCUACGAUAUAAAGAAAUUUUGUCUGAUAAAAAGAGGCGUUCCGUUUCUCUGUCACUACUAAACAGGCAGCAGAAAACCUAGGGAAAAAAAAUUAAACUAAUAAAACUAGGCUGAAUACCAAACGACAGUCCCGCUAAAAUUUCUAAUAAUUAUACAUAAUUAUGCGAAUGUUUGGACAAUCAACCAAUCAAAAUCUCUACCCGGUUUUCGGGUAGUGACGUCACUGGACUGCAUUAACGGCCGGUCGAUUCAGAUGUUACUGAGACAGUAAAAACGACUCAAAGUAAUCGUCUGAAAUUCAGGCUAGCUUAUUCCUGGGUAAAAGAAACCACAAGAGCUUCAUUAGAUUAGCUUGUCAGUUGCUACACUUGAUUAGUGGGACGUCAUUUUUAAACUUUAUCGCUCAGUUCUCCUCGAUCAUUUAUUAAAACUUUCAGUGAAUCUCAUUGUCAUUCAAACAUACAUUUAAAGACAGCCGCGAUGUCCGUUCACUAGUUACACCACAUACAAUUCAGUAUUUCAAAUAAAUAAUAAAGUCACUCUUCUCUCAGAAGAUAAAUAAAUUUAAAAGCUGAUUAGAGAGGGUAGUGUGUGACGGAUCAAACAAACAUGAUAGUAAUAGAAGUUAAAUGAAAAAAAAACGUUUCGUUUAUUCAUGUACCGCCUUAUAAUACGCAUAUAUGGCUUCAUGUAUAUAACAGAUUGAUAUCUCUUUUUAUUUACCUCUUUUUCAGACUCUCCAACCUACGCUACAGAUCUUCGAUCAACAUCGUUGUGUAGACAGCUUCUAUACAGAGAAAGCACUUUCCGGUUAAAAAAGUCUGAUAUCACCAAUUCAGUUCGAAAAGCACGUAAGCAGCGUGCCAGUUUAUCUUUGUCAGGCGGCAAUUGAAAGCUUUUGACUGUUUUGUAGGUACAAAGGGUAAAACAUAGCUUAUAAGUACAAACAAAAUGAGAAACAUUGGCAUCAGCUUCACAGCUUGUGUCCUAUUCCUUUCAUUGAAUCUGGUCCAUCUCCAGGCUCUUUUUAACGCAAGUGAUGUGCUGGCUUCGACAGUAACAAAUUUUUCAUCGUUUGUAUCAAACCGGCCUACAGCCACUCCUCACACGGCAACGUCUCACGUGUUAACCUCCCAAACGCCGGAUCCAGUUCCUCCAUGCAAUGAGAAAAAUGAGAAAUUUUCCUGCUGGAAUAAAUGUGAGGACCGUUCUACACAGUGGGAUGAGCUAGACAGCCAAAGAAAAAGUGAAGAACACUGCCAUUGCGAUCAAGCUUGUCUCACGUAUCAUGACUGCUGUGCUGAUUACACACGUUACUGUCAGCCCUUAAGUCCAGUACCUCAAGGAAUGGAUAAUGCAAAUUAUAUCUGCAGCAAGAUAUCCACUGAGAAAAAUGUUACUACAGGUGUUUUCAUGAUAUCAACUUGUGCAGCGGGUUGGCAAGACAAAGAAGUGCGUUCAAAAUGUUUGUCAGGGGCAAACGCCACGAAUCGCACAUUCACGUCGGCGAACGUCUUAGAAGGCAUUCCAGUGGCAUUAUUUGACCCUCUUAGACAAGGAAUCCAUUAUAGCAAUAUCUAUUGUGGUAUUUGCAAUAACGUGAUAAAGUUCUUUCUCAUUUUUUGGGAGCUAAAAUUUCGAUGCAAUAUAAAACCACCCAGGGGCUUUAACAACACUCAAACAUUAGACUACAUGCUUAAGUACUGUCCAACAAGAGUCGUUUUACCAACUGAACAAUUCAGUAAAGUUCGAAGUUGCUUACCGAUGGUAUCUUCAUGCUCCAUAGAGAAGCAAACUCAGCACAAAGAUGGUUGUUUGAAGGGUACAAGUGGAGUUGUCUUUGAAGGGGAGACCUUGAAGAAUUACAAGAACUAUCAUUGUGUGCUUUGCAAUGGAUUAUCAAUGACAAACGCAAGCUGCGGCCCUCGAGAACCAGACACUAUCUUUGAACCCAAAUCAUUCGAAAUAGUCAUGCAAUUUGAUCCUUUGAUCACUAACCAACAGAAAAUUAAGCGUACGAAAGUCACCUUGACCUGUCCACAAGACAGGGUUUACGACCCACAUCUGGAAACCUGCAGGAUUGGUUACGUUCCUAAUCCUUUACACGCAAUUCGCGACAAGUAUCGCGUGAAGGUUUGGAUGCAUCCUUUGGAUGGUCAAAUGAGACCUGUUACACCUGACCAAUUUAGUAUCGCUUUCUGCCAAACGUUUGCACUAGAUCCAUCACAAAUCGACGAAAUUGUAUUUUCCUCUGAGGAUAAUUCCAAAGCGGUAGCUUUCAAUUUGUACGCAGGGGCUUCUUCCAGAAUAAAUAACUUGACACAUAUGCCUUACAAAGACAACAUGGAUGUGUCUGUUUUGUUCAAUUUCAACGAAUCCUUUGAGAUCAACAUUAAUAACAAAACAUGGGAGGUCAUUCGCGUUACUG